ACUUUUCUUCAGAUACGAGUUUUUUCUCUGGACUGAUUAGACUUUUUACAAUGUUAUCCUGAUGAUGGUCCUUUUCAUGUUUUGAUUUGUUUAAUAAUUCGUUUAAUGGUUUAGUAAUAGGCUUCAGAGAUUCUUCAAUUUGAGUUUCAAAAGCAGCUCUACCAAUUUUUAAAGCUCUAUAUUUCUUACGUAGAGCGCCUGUUGUUUUGAUUAACUCUUUCGUUACCUUUUCAUUUGUGUUCAACAUUGUUUUGAAUUAUUUUUUCUCAUACAAACAACAUGUGAACAAAUUUUUUAGCUGAUGUAAGACCCUCUCAAAGGGGCUAAGACUAAAUUUAAUAUUAAGAUUGCUGGAUUUAACUGAAGAAUAAUGCGCAUCAAAUUUGUUUGCUUUAUUUUGUGCUGAUAUUAUUUUUUCGUCAAAUUGUUCUGUAUUGCUUUCAUAUAACAUUUCUUGAUUAGGGGUGGGUAAAACUAUGUUUAUAUUACAUAUAUAUAUAUAUAUAUAUUUAGAUUAAACAACUGGCUAUAGUUUUUAAACUUGUCACUUAACUGCGUUUUCCGUUUAUAAAAUUGAUUUGUACUGUUUCAAUAGUUUCUUUAUCGUUAUAAAUUCUCUUGAAUUUUGUGUCCUGCUCCCACUGAGCAUUGCCUCAUAUAUGCUUUGAUAAGUAAAUGCACGUAUCAUUUUAAAGCUUAAGGAAGCAGUCCAAACCUUUCCUGUAACGACCUUUAUUCAAAGGGCUUUCUUUUUCAAUUACCACAAAACCAAAUUUUGUAUUCCAACACUCUGUGCACACAUUUUGAAAUGAUUUGAAAGUCAUAUCUGAAUGAACGUGAUCAUUGUAAAUAUGUUUUAAAUUCAUUUCGUCUUGUUUGAAAAUAAUAAGAAAAUUUGCGUUAUCUCUAAUCAACUGUUUUGGUAUCUUUGUAUAAGUUUGACAUAAGUAAAAACUGUCUAUGUCAUGAUGUCGCCCCAUACUAAAGUAUUUUCUUACUGCUUCUUGUUUUUCACAGGCAAUGUCAUCAAAUAUAAAUAUGGAAUUUGGUUUAGCUUCUUCAGGAGGGAUGACAUCAUUGUUAUUAGAAAAUGUAAAAAAACCCAUAUUCUUAAUUGGGUGAAUUGCUUCACCUAAAAACUUGUACUUUGGUUGAUUUAAAGAUUUAGAAUAUAAGUAUAUAUUUUCAAAUUUUAAUCCGUUCGGAUGUAGCAAUAAGCUCAUCAUUACAUUGGUUUUUCCACAGUUUGAGGGUCCUGUAAUUAAACCUCUAAUACUGUUCGGAAGUAGUUCGCUGUGUUUUUUCUUGAUCUCUUUUAUUUUAGAGAGAUCUGCAUUUUCUACAGGUAAUUGACAUGCUUGUUUAACAAAACGCAUUAUGUCGUAAACUAAACAAUUUUUUCUAUAAAAAUUAAAUAUAUAUCAAGAAAAUAUCAUACUUAUACGGGUUUCUCUUACGUAAACAUAUUUAAAAAUGAUCGACUAUUCAAAGAAAUUCAAAGUUCUGCAAAAUAUAAGAAAAGGUGGAGGCUUAUUAAACUCAUUAAUUGACAAGCUUCCACUCGAACUACAUCUUCCUGGCUAUCAGUUCUGUGGUCCAGGAACAAAUCUUAAGGAACGUUUAGCUCGUGGAGAUUCUGGAAUUAAUUCUCUUGAUCAAGCAUGUAAAGAGCAUGACAUUUCUUAUUCUAAGUUUAAGAAUACAUCUGAUCGACACAUAGCUGAUAAAAUAUUAGCUGAAAAAGCCUGGCAACGUGUUAAAUCAAAAGACGCAAGUAUAGCAGAGCGAGCAAGUGCUCUACUAGUUACUAACCUCAUCAAGGCAAAAGUUAAAUUUGGGAUGGGGUGUUCGAAUUCAAAAAUUAAAACAACUAAGCGAAAAAAAAGCAAUAUGAAAUCUAAGAAAUUGUCAUUUAAAAAACUGGUCAAAUUGAUUGAUGAUAAACUUAAGAAGCGAACAAAAUCUGUAUGUCUAGAAAAAACGAUCAAAUCUGCAAUCACGAGUGCUAAGAAAAACAUUGGCAAAAACAACAAUAUUAAAAUACCAAGAAUUAUACCAGUACCAAAAAUUGGAGGAGCUAUCCCCUUUCUUAUCCCCCUUUUCGCAGGGCUUUCAGCUCUUGGAGCACUAACGGGUGGAGCUGCCGGUGUAGCUAAAGCAGUGAAUGAAAUAAGCAUUGCUAAAAAAGACCUCGAAGAAAAACAACGUCACAAUCUUAAAAUGGAAUCAAUUGCCGUUGGACACGGCUUACAUCUUAAACCUUAUAAAAAUGGAUUUGGACUUUAUUUGCAGCCCCAAACAAAAAACUUCUAAGUUCACUACCCAAUCGUGCAUUGAAUGAAAUAGAUUUAACAAAUUUCUGCACUAAAUUUAUUCCAAAUUUUCGAGGCGUGUUUAUGCGGGACAACUUACCAAAAAGUAGCCCCAAGAAAAAUGAGUGCGGAAUUGUUAAUCUUGAUUCUUCCAAUGGUUCUGGAACACAUUGGGUAGCGUAUUAUAAAAAAGGCAAGCGGAUAGAAUAUUUUGAUAGCUUUGGAAAUCUUCAACCACCUGUUGAAGUCUUAAAUUAUUUAGGUGAAAGCAUCAGCUACAAUUAUACUCAAUAUCAAAGUUAUGGUUCCUAUAAUUGUGGACAUUUAUGCGUGAAAUUUUUACUUAAUUGUUAUUUAAAUAAAUAAAGAGACUUAAGUUCAAAUAAUUUCAUUGUUUUUUUUACCAUCAUGUCGAUAACACUUACAAUAAGCGGAACAUCUUCUGUCCUCACUGUCGAAUAUUUUCCACCUAUAUACUUAGAUGAAGACUAUGUUUGUGGUUUGAUUGACUUUCACUCGUAUAAUUCUAUACCUAAUAUUGAUGAACAUAACAACUUAUUUCAUACAGGGGAACAUGAAAUCGA